AUGUUCGCCCUCCAGAUGGUCAAAGCGCUGCGGCACAUCCGACUACCUCGCUUGCGAUACUGUCCAGUAAUUAAAUCCACUAUGCCUGCUGUGCCUAAGACGACUCCCACUUCUCGGAAAUAUGCUGCUGCUAAAAAGUCUGCCGCUGCUAAACAGUCUGCCUCCGCUCCCAAGAACCGCUUCCCCCCUGGCUCUCUUGAUCGCUCCCUGUCAGAUCAUCGUGAUCCCCUGCCCUCAGCUGACGAGCAUGCAGAUUUACUACGGAUGGGGAGAUCUGCUCCAGCCGUAUCUAAUCUAGAGGACGCGGCUGAAAACACUGCCACCACUACUACCCGAUCUCCAGCAAAUGACAACCAGCCAAUACCCGCAUCUCAACCUGCACCUCUGAACGACUUCAAUAAUCCCCCUCAGAAGAAAAGAAAGAGGGCCUUACAGCCUGAUGACAAUUCUGAUCCGGGUAAGCGAAUUGCACUCAAAGGUCCCAAUUGCUGGAAUGAGUUCUUCAAAACUGAAGAGGUGCGAGAGGUAUUCCGAGCUAGUAAAGGAAUCGACAAUGAGGAGGCCAGGGCAAAGGUAUCGGGGAUUUGGCGCGGGAAGACAAUAGAGGAACAACGUGCCUAUGCUACUGCUUCUGCCAAGCCUUCCGUGUCAGAACAAGGUGUUGAUGAUAGGUGCACAAGUUCAAAUGGCAUGCAGCCAGAAUCAACAGAUCGCCCACCAACCGGUAAUCGAGCAAGGCGUGCACACUUGGAAAGUUUGCUCACCGCGGAAGAACGAGCCCUUGAUGAUCACUCCGACUCUGAGGAUACCAAUGCACAGUCCAGUGCUGCUCGGAACAUGGCAUCAAUUUCGGAGACUCCUCAUCUGAGGAGCACCGUCUCUUUCAAGCAGGAUUCCAAUGAGGUGCAGGACCACAUGGAUGAAUGGCUCAAGCUAGCUACCCGCAUUGCUGCAAGACACAGCGCUGAAUUCAUCAUCUUCGGGGUCUCCAAUCACCUUGGUCCGCAUGCCUUCCAAUUCAUGCAAAGUACACCAGGAGCCACCCCUUUCCUUCAAUUCAGUCUUGACUCCGAUCAAAAGAAGCAUUACCCCGCCCGGUUCCAGUCCUACAUCACUGGGCACACUGAAAAUGAGUUAGCGGCACUGGCAAGACCAAAGAAAAAACGACGUGUCAGAAAUGGAAUGUCGGUGACUGAUCGCAUGCACCAGUUGAUCAGGUCCCCCUUCCUAAGCGCUCGCGGGUCAAUCACAGCAGCUCUUGCACAUCAAAUUCUCUUCAGGAGCAAUCGAACACAGGCGGCCGGGUCAACAACAGUUUGGAAACUGGUGAAAUCCAAUCCGUUUGAUUAUUCCCUACAUGAACGCAACAUCACGCUUGAUGCCAAUGCCUUGGAGGGGCUCAAUCAAGCACGUUCUAUCUUGGAAUACCAUCCAGCAAUCCACAUCGGCCUUGUCGUCGACCAGACCUGGCUCAGCUCGUUCACCGAGCCCAAUCCAGUGCUGGGCAACAAAGCCCUGACCGAGCACAAUGGCCAGCACCCUCGAUCACAAAUAGGCUCUCACAGAAACACAGGACUUGGUCGGACCAGAUUCCCGGUGGCGGCGACAGAAAGUUGA